AUGGACAGUGAACAGCACAUCCGCCUAGAGGAUUCUGUAGCAGCUUCGAGUCCUACGGGAGAUGAGUCCAGGGUCCUGGGCUAUACCAUCAACAAGAAAGGAACUGCAGGAAUCAUCCAUAGCCUGGGAGAGUCUACAAGUCUCUGGCACGAUUCACACUCUCGCAAUGACCUUUCUUUGGGACAGUACGCAUCCGCCAUUCGCGAACUUCCGUCCCUGAGACAUAUGGACAUCCUCGUGCAGGCCUUCUUCCAAAAUGUAGCUUGGCACUACGACAUCGUGGACGAAGCGACCUUCACCAACCAACUCUUCCAUUGGAGAUGUCUGUCACACAAGCAAUUAAAGAACGCACCCGAAAGCUUGCCGGCCAGUCUCAGAGCCUUUCCAGCACUACUUUUCCAGGUCCUAGCACAAGCCUUGCUGUUCCAGCCCAAGCAACAUGACAAAAGUCUCGAUGACUUGAAAUACGCUGCGGACAUGGAGCUAAGCGAUCGGGCGGCGGAAUAUAGUGAUACAGGCCAUCGACUUGCAUCUUCGUUCAGAAAGGACGAGAUUAGUUUCAUCAUAGUACAGGCAGGACUGAUGCGAGCUUGUUUUGAAAAGACCACUGGAGCGGUGACAGAAGCAUGGCACACUCUUGGAACCGCGAUUCGCGACGCUCAAGAACUCGGAUUACACCGACUAGAGCCGGCAUCUCCCCCAUACUUGAGGAACGAAGGCCCAGAGCGCGACCUAGGCAGCAAGUUGUGGUUGAUGCUACACCUGUGGGACGCUCACAUGGCCAUUGUCCUCGGGAGGCCGAUGUCGACACGAAUGAACCCCAGCAAUGUGCCAUUUCCAGCUCUGUGUGACAGCAACAGGCCACCGCGAUCACGCGACGUCAUUCUGUGUGGCUAUCAUACUGCUCAUAAAUUCCUACAAGACAUUCAUGAUCUGGAGACAAUGGACGACUGUCGUCUUAUGGUGCAGAACAUACACGAGGCUCUUCUCACCAAUAUUGCAAAACUUCCGGCGUGGGCCAGUCCCCAAAGAUCACGUCAGCAUGAGCCUCACUGGCUCUCUGCUGCGCUCGAAGUAUUGUUUACCAAUAUCCAAUUCGUCCUGUUUGCUCUACACCGGCCCUUCGUUUUCGUGGAUUCGAGCAACCGUGCCAACGCCGUGCAUGCGGCAACGCAGACCUUGGCAUCCCAACAACGUCUCUUCGAUCAAACGGAACCGUUACAAUACAGGGCAUUCAGCUUCGUGUUCGCAACGUUCGAUGCUAUGGUGCUCAUUGCAGCUGUACACAUCCGCUUUCCGGACGAAAUGAUGGACCAAUUCUCCGCAACGAUUGCAAACUUCGAAGCGGCCUUGAGCCGGCUGAAGGUGCUGCAAGCCAGUAACAAGUUGGCCAGACCGGCUUACAAUGUUCUCCAGCGAUUGUAUGGAAGACUGUUGGCCAUAACAACUCCGACGGAGUCGUCGCAUUCCUCUAGUGGACACGCAGAGGGCGACAGCUUCUCGGGCAUGGAGACAGAGAUGUCAUACGUUGAUUGGGACGGUUUCUUACAGCCUGAUUUCGAGAAUGUUCUCUGUCCUCAGCCAUUGACUCACCUGCUAUGCAACGGAGAUUCUGCCAUCCGUCCGUCAUUACAGACACAGCCAGUAUAUGGACUGGAUGAAUCGCAGUUCGACUUUGUUGACAACUCUGAGGCAAUUCCGACUUUCUAG